AUGUCAAUAGUUCAUGUACCUAAUACGAGGGAUUACUGGGGAGAAGUUACUGGUACUCAUCUGAUCAAGACAACAAUGACAGUGAAUCAGUAUGAGCAAAUACGUAAGUUUCUUCACUUCAAUGACAACAGUGCAAUGAUACCCAGGGGUGAAAAAGGUCAUGAUAGACUCUUCAAGAUAAGACCCAUAAUAGAAUUGAUGAGAUCUCGGUUUCGAACAAUACCUGUUGAGGAGUGUGUUUCUGUUGAUGAACAGAUAUGUUCAACAAAGGCUAGAAGUUAUUUGAAACAAUACAUGCCAAACAAGCCUCAUAAAUAUGGAUACAAAUUAUUUGUUAUUAGUGGCAUAUCUGGUUAUGCCUACGAUUUUGAGAUUUUCACUGGAGAUGAAAAUGAACCAGAAAAAAGAGUGACUGGGGAGGAAGACUUGGGAGCAAGUGCAAAUGUUGUAGUUCGACUCAGUAGGAUACUACCAAGAAAUAUGAACCACAAACUGUACUGUGACAAUUAUUACACAAGUCUGCCACUGCUUGUAUGGUUACAUAAACAAGGAAUUUACUCACUUGGGACAGUCAGAAGAAACAGAGUGCCAGACUGCAAGCUCCCUUCAGAAGCUGAGCUGAAGAAAAUGGCACGAGGUGCAUCAGUAGAGUGCAUCGCAACAGUGGAUGGUGUCGACAUAUCAAAUGUAGUGUGGAAAGAUAACAAGAGUGUGAUGUUGCUUUCUACACUUGCUGGAAAGCAGCCUAUUCAUGAAGCAGGGAGGUAUGACAAAAAAACAAAGUCAAGAAUAACAAUACCUUGUCCACAAAUAAUUAAGCUCUACAAUAAACAUAUGGGAGGUGUUGACCUUCUUGACAGCAUAAUGGGUCGACAUAAAAUUCUUGUGAAAAGUCGAAAAUGGUAUAUAAGAUUGUUUUACCAUCUCCUGGACAUGGGAAUAGUCAAUUCCUGGCUGUUGUAUAGGAGAGUAGCAGAAACCAAAGGGAUUAGGAGAACUAUGAAACUCUCCGAAUUUCGAAUGGAAAUUGCUCACUGUUUGUGUCGCUCAGGUCAAACUUCAGCAAAACGUGGAAGGCCAAGUAAUGAACUCGAAAACCAAAUACAAGCUAAGAAGACAAAGGGGCCCACAGCACAUGUACCUCCACAAGAUGUAAGGCUGGAUCAAGUAGGUCACCUGCCUUCAUACUUGCAAGUGAGACAGAGGUGCAAAAUGCCAGGAUGCAAGGGAUUUUCCUGGGUUCAGUGUAAUAAAUGUGCAGUUGCAUUGUGUUUGCACAAACAAAAGAACUGUUUUCAAACUUUUCAUGUAAAGUGA